GGGCGGUGAGGGGAACCAAAAGAGAACUUUACUCUGGAGGAAAAGAGGUUUACUAAGCGUCUGAAGGCGGGACCGCGAACUUGUCAAGUUUUCUUUCAAAGACUCAGUAAUUACCCUUUGGACCUCUAAUGGCUGAUAACAGGGCCACCCUUGUCAUUGAUCGGCUACUCUACUACUAUUAAAGGCGUACUCAAGACGCUCUGCGGGACAACAAGUGGGAUGAACACGUCUCAAACGACAGUCCUCCAACUAUGUCACAUAAAUCAUGGAUUGAGGAAACCUUCUCCAAGAGAGAUUGUGUGAAGUUUAUCCCCUCCUCCCGAGAUCUACACAGAUGCAUUCCAGUAUGUCAAGUUUGCCAAAGCUUGAUAAGGUGUUGUUGUGGUCGUCUAAUGGCGGAACACUCUUGGCAAAAGGCACCUCCCCCCACAGUCAUCUUUCCUGAUCCUGAACAUAAUUUACCAGAGGACUGGUCCUUGGAGCUACACACUAGAGCCAGUCCCACCAAUGCGUAUGGGACCAUCGACUUUCAGGACAGUGCGACACGUGGCUGUCGGGCCAAGUUUGUGCGCGUGUCCGUGGACUCGAAGCCAGAGGCGCUGCUCCAACUGAUGUUGAGGGAAUGGCAGAUGGAUAGACCAAAGCUCCUAUUUUCUGUCCAUGGAGGAUCUGAGAACUUCACCCUCACCCCCAAAGUCAAGCAAGCCUUCACUAAAGGCCUGAUCACUGCAGCCCGCAGCACAGGGGCUUGGAUACUUACUGAUGGUAUUAAUACUGGUGUGUCCAAGUAUGUGGGUGAGGCAGUGAAAACCUUCGGUGGCCACAACCUGAGGAAGAGGAACACAGUUGGGGUCACACCUUGGGGAGUGAUAGACAACAACACAGACCUUAUAGGAAGAGAUGUUUUCAGGCCUUACCAGCCACUGGGGAACCCUUUGAGCAAGAGAGCCGAUCUGAACAGUUUCCACUCCCACUUUCUACUGGUGGAUGAUGGAACUUUAGGAAAAUAUGGUUGUCAAGAAGGUGUCAGGAAGAAGCUGGAGAAACACAUUCAACUGCUGAAGAUCCACCCUCGAUUUAACCAAAGAGUGCCAAUGGUGUGUGUGAUAGUAGAAGGAGGCCCUGCCAUUGUUUCCACAGUGCUGGACUAUGUCAGCAAUAACCCCCCUGUACCAGUCUUCGUGUUUGAGGGAUCUGGAAGGGCUGCGGACCUGUUUGCCUUUUUACAUAAGCACACUGAUAGUGACAGGCAGUUAGAUGCAGACAUUAAAGAGGGCUUCCUUUUAAGGAUUGGAGAGGUGUUUGGAGUCGACAGAAAGGAAGCGUCUCGCCUUUGCGCUCUCCUUCUGGAAUGUAUGGAUCACAGACAAUCUAUAACCAUCUUUGAUUCAGAGUCAGAGGACCACAUGGCCCCAGAUGCCGCCAUUUUGAACACUAUUCUCAAGGGCACAAAGGCAAGUGCUGCAGAGCAGCUGAGUAUGACUCUAGCCUGGGACAGGGCUGACAUUGCACAGAAAAGCGUUCUGGUGUAUGGACAACACUGGCCGGUGGGUUCAUUGGAACAGGCCAUGCUGGAUGCUUUGGUGAUGGACCGCGUCAGUUUUGUCAAACUGCUGAUUGACAAUGGAAUGACUAUGAGUCACUUCCUCACCGUGGAUCGCCUGGAGGAACUUUAUAACAUGCCUCAAGGACAGACUGACCAUUUUCUUCAUCACCUUGUUGAGGAUGUGAAACAGACCUCUCUACCUCCAGGAUACCGGCUGUCUCUCAUUGACAUGGGCUUAGUCAUAGAAUACCUCAUCGGAGGAGCAUACCGCAGCACCUAUACACGCAAACACUUCAGAACUGCCUACAACAGACUACAGGACAAGGAAGGUAGACGUGUCAGUACCUCUUCCAUGUCCGAACAAAAAAUUGGAAUAAUACCAAACUCUCAACGGAGGGGAAGUCCUCAGGAACCGCAUUUCUUUCGAACUGCUCAGCCUUACAAACGCAAAGACCAGAACGUGCCACGUACUACCAGUGUAAAGGCUGUAUGGAGUACCGAACUUUGUGAAGCACCACUGGUUUUUUCUUUCAACUUUAAUGAUGUCUUUGUGUGGGCCGUGCUUCAGCAGCGCCAACAGAUGGCGCUGUUCCUAUGGCAACAUGGCGAAGAGGCUCUUGCUCGGGCCACAGUCGCUUGCAAGCUUUAUCGCUCUAUGGCCUUUAAGGCACGGCAAAGCAGCAUGGAUGAUCACAUUGCGGAGCAAUUCAAAGCAUAUUCACUUGAAUUUGGGCAGCUGGCAGUGAAUGUUUUAGACUGCGCAUUUCGUCAGAAUGAGAAGAUGGCAAUGAAGCUGCUCACUUCUGAGAUGGAGGCAUGGAGCCACUUUACCAGCCUGCAAAUAGCAGUUUCUUCAUGUCACAGACCUUUUGUUUCGCACUCUUGUACGCAGUCCCUCCUCACUGAUCUCUGGACUGGUCCACUCAACAUGAGAAAAAACUCAUAUUUAAAGAUCAUUUUGAGCCUUCUCCUGCCUCCUGCCAUUCUGCUUCUGGAAUUCAAAAGUAAAGCUGAAAUGUGUCAUGUUCCCCAGUCUCAUGAGGCAAUUCUGUUUGGACGUGACACUCUUAAGCCAGGAGCAAGGCAUGAUGAAACCGAUGACAUGGCUAACCAGGAUGCAGAGCAUGGACUAUCGUCCCAGGACAGAGCUCGUGUUUCAGGGUCUGAAGAUCUUUUUCCAAUCACUUUGUGUACUGUGUCCUGGAUCACAAGACUUUAUGAAUUCUACACAGCUCCUGUUGUUAAAUUCUGGUUCCAUACAAUGUCAUACCUUGCCUUCCUGAUGUUAUUCUCCUACACCAUCUUAGUGAAGAUGGACGAUCAACCAGGUGUUCAGGAGUGGUUGGUCAUCUUAUAUAUAUUGACCACAGCAGUGGAGAAAACCAGAGAGGUGUUAAUGUCAGAACCAAGGAAGCUGAGUCACAAACUGAAGAUUUGGUUCUCCGAGUACUGGAAUGUAUCUGACUUCAUUGCCAUCGUCAUCUUCCUGUUUGCUCUGGUGAUGCGUUGGCAUGCUGACCCAUACCGGACAGUCGGACGGAUCGCCUACUGUCUGGAUUUUAUAUUUUGGUUCGUCAGGGUGAUGGAUCUUCUGGCUGUCAAUCAACAUGCUGGUCCCUACCUCACAAUGAUUACCAAAAUGACCUCAAACAUGUUCUUUAUCGUGGUGAUGAUGGCAAUUGUACUGCUCAGUUUUGGGGUAUCGAGGAAGGCCAUCCUGUCACCAGAUGAAGACCCAUCAUGGAGUUUAGCUCGUGACGUGGUGUUCCAGCCGUACUGGAUGAUCUAUGGAGAGGUCUACGCAUCAGAGAUAGAUCCUUGUGAUGAUGGUCAUCCAUGUGCUCCUGCUUCCUUUCUCACGGCAUUCCUUCAAGCCGUCUACAUGUUUUUCCAGUACAUAAUCAUGGUCAACAUUCUCAUUGCAUUUUUUAACAACAUUUACUUUGAUAUGGCAUCAACAUCCAAUAAGUUGUGGAAAUACAACCGCUACCGAUACAUAAUGACCUAUCUGGACAGACCAUGGCUGCCUCCACCCCUAAUUCUCCUCAGUCACAUGAGUUUUGCUUUGCGAGCCAUUUACAAGCGACUUAAUGGAAAUGCUGAGGGAGAUGAAAGAAGCUCUGGACUUAAGCUCUAUUUAGCCCGUGAUGACCGCAAAAAACUCCACGAAUUUGAGGAGAAAUGUGUACAGGCAUACCUCUACGAAAAGACUCAAGAUCUCUACAGCAGUCAGAUGAACAGAAUCGGAGUCACAGCUGACAGAGCAGAAGAAAUGUGCACGAUGGUGGGUGAAGUCUCAGAGAAGGUCAACAUCAUUCAGGACAGUCUUACUAAGCUGGACUCUCAGCUGGGUGAACUUCAGGACUUGUCAGCACUGGCUGUGGACACACUGACCCUGCUCUCUGCCUCUGACAAUCUACAUCAAGAGGAGGCUCGCCUGGCUCAGUCCCGACUGAUCCAAACAUCCCAACAUGCCCUCCCACACAGCUGGACUCUGCACCGAAGUGGUGCGGACUAUGAUGUGGCUAAUAUGAGACGACUGACGUGCAAGCCUUUUAGAAGUACUCCACCUUCGUUGAUCAAAGGCUACAUUCUUCGACAUGGGCCACAGGAGUCCCACCUGGGAAUCAGAGGGAGCAGAGGAGAAAGAGAAGGACAGAUGGAAGAGGGAGAAAAUGAGUUGCCUGAUGCUCACCAUGCUAGUGAGUUGUGUGUGGGUGUCUCUCGAGAUGCAUCGCCCUCAACAGUUCUGCACCUUCAUGGAGUGGGAAGCCAUCUUAGUGGUUUCAGUGAUCAGACACCAUUUGAGUCACGUGGACCAUCCCGCUGUGGGUCUCCUCUUUUUUUCAAAUUUGCUGACAGAGGACUGGAUACACCACAUAAACCCUGGAGCUGUGAUGCGCACCUGUACCCAAAUUGUGAGGAAAUUGAUAUGGAAGAGGAGGAAGAACAAGGCAGUGGUGAUGAAAAAAAAGAACAGAAAGAGCCAAUACAUGAACAUCUCUCCAACUUAGAAGAAUCCAAAUCUACAAGCAAUGUUCUUCUUUCUGACCCUGGAAACAUCUCUCAGGAUUUAGAAAAUGGUACCUUGCGCCAGGAUGUAAGCCAACUGAAUUCCCAGAACAGAACUUUUGUAAAAUCUCCGAGGUCGGCCUAUCUGUCAAGAGACCACCCUUAUGGCUACUGCCGGUCUUUAUCAACCAGUGUGGAGGAUAUGACUUUCUUUGGGGCAUUACCGAUUUCAAGGGGUGCAUCAUUUCCUUACCUUAACGAAGCACCAAACAAGCAAGAUGGUAAAAGAAGUUUCAGAGAUGACACGUCAUUAAAAUGGAGCAGAACCAGAGAGUUGUCCAAGUCAUCUGACUUUACCCAAACCAUGACCAGAAGAAGAACCCCAAAUAGGAAGACUGUUAAAAUACAAGCGAGCAGCCCAGACAACGGAACCGUGGACACAUUUUUGUCUGAUGCUUGCUGGAACAGGUGGCGAAGGUUGAAAGGAGAACCUGCAUGUUGGUCAGCUUCAACUAGCCUCAGUCAGCUUAAUUUUGAGCCCUUGGAUUUGCAGAAGCAAGUUUUUUCUCAUCAGGAUGUUUUGAGCCCAACUCAUUCAGCAUGGAACAGCUGGUCCAGAUCAGUGAGCCGCAGAUCUUCGUUGCAGAGUGGUUUCGCUGCUGAAGGAAGUUCCUCAUUCCAAUCAACGGAUAUGUUGUAUCCACAUUAUUCAGCCAUGGAAAGAAACAAUCUGAUGAGACUCGCUCAAACGAUCCCAUUUACUCCCGUUUCCAUUCUAGGUGGUGAAGAGGUGAGCAUUUACUCCCUGGAGGAAGUUCACUCAGAGGCUGACCCUGAAUCUAGCACAGUGUCAUCAUGGUCUUCACGAGGCUUGUCUGCAAUGCUUCAACCUCUCCCGAGUGAAGAGGGAUCGCUGGAUGGGGGCCUGCGGCGGGGCCGCAGGGUGUUAUGCACCUGGGCCGAACGGGAUGUCCUCAUACCUGGAAUGGUGUACGUGGUCAAAGCCUUCAGACCAGAGGUGCUGUCUGCCUGGCAGAAAUACUUUCACGGUAGCACAGCACUGCAGCUUUGUUUGAGAGAGAUUCAGCAGCAGAGGGCAGCACACAGGAUGAUGCAAGUUUUCAACAAGAUCAAACCCGCUGGCAUUAAACAUUCACCAAAAUUUCUGGACGUAUCAUUGGUCCUUUGGCAUUCGAAUGGCCAGUGGCUGACUAUUGAAAGGAACAUGUCUGGUAACUUCCAAAAGUACAACAACAACACAGGAGAGGAGAUCACACCUUCCACUUCACUGGAAGAGCUGCUCCUGGCCUUCUCACACUGGACCUAUGAGUACUCAUGCACAGAACUGUUGGUGCUUGACGUACAAGGAGUAGGAGAGGAGCUGACCGACCCAACAGUCAUUAUGGCAGAAAUGCACAGUAGCGGCAGGCGUGAGAUGCUGUUUGGCCCCGACAACCUUGGAGAUUCUGCCAUCAAUGCGUUUCUGCAAAAGCACUCAUGCGGUGCUUGCUGCCACACGUUGGGCCUCUCAGCUUUAAGGAGGCAUCUGGACACAUGCAAGAAAAGCAGUGAGGCAGAGCCUGCGCCAGGGGAAACGGAACAAGAGGAUGAGAGGGGAAAAAAACGUCUCGGCUAAAAGCAUCACGCUACCUGGGGCCCGUGAAGUAGGAAUAAAAGGACACGAUUACAUUGCAGCUCAUGCACAGACAACUCUGAACUCACGCUGUCCUCUGAGAAAAUAUUGACUGACUCCUGCAUCAGGCCAUACAUACGCAUGCUGUCAUACAGCAGAGAAAACAAGUUAAAUUUGUGACCGAGACACACACAGAUGUAUCCAUUUCAAGUAUCGUACAUGUCAUGUAAAUGCUCAUACAUUAUUUUUGUUCAGACUGUAAGAAAGCAAAUUAUAAGCAGGUGUAAGAAUCUAUCUGUGCUGCUUUUGUAACACGCUCGUUCAAUUAUGUCACCAGACAUGAGCAGUUAUGCAAGUGCUUUGUGCAAAUACAUACUCGUGUUGUACAGAAAGGAAAAAAAUGAGGCAGAGUUUCACCCAUAAAAUUUAUUGAAUUUUUUUUUCUUCCCACAACAAAAUGUCUACAAAAGCGAUAAAAUAUAGAAUUUAACAAAAAUCACUUGAAACCUUCACAUUAUAUGUACACAUAUCAAAGGAGGACUCAGUAAAGGGCCCUGCAUAGCUCUGAACUUCAACCCAUUCUAAUCCGUAAUGUGGGUGUCUGCGACGCAAAUAAAUGCAAAUUUAUACAUGCAUACACACGCACGCAUAAGAUCAUUCUAAUGUGAAAAAGAAACUGUUUGCACAGAGGAGCUCAUCGUGGAUUGAUAGUCAGAGCUCAGAGUCCUGCAGAGUCCUAUAUGUCCAAAUGAAGAAAGCAUAACAUGUAAAAACUGUUUGCCAGUGUAAUCAAAUGCGCAUUUUCCUUGAGUUUCCUGAUUGGUUUUUCAAGUAAACUCAACACAGUAAAGCAUCUACAGCCCACUUCCAAUCAUUCCUCUUCUCACUAGCUAUGGCACUUUGAAAACAAAAGAAAAGAUUUCCUUUUUUUUUUUAAUGUAAUUUUGGGGGGAAUGUUUGUUUUGUUAGUCCUGUGUAAAAGAGGGUCUGUAACCCCAAAUAUCUUUUUUAUAGGUACCGGUUACAGAUUGCUACAUUAGAUUUUAUUUGCUCUUGCUUGCACCCAAAGACAUUCUAAAAAAUAAAUUAACAAAUUUCAACACUAUUUGAAUUGCACGCAUAUGUAAUGCAUCGAGAAAGCUUACAAAGCAUCGGUACACAAAACAUUGUCUCAGUCUCACUGUAUCUCUGUUCCUCCCACACGCGCGCACGCACACACACACACACACACACACACACACACACACACACACACA